AUGUCUUCCGGAGUUCCAUUAACUGUUCCCAUGCCAGGGAAACCUUAUCCCACUGUGGGACUUGGCACGUUUACUUUAUUAGGGAAAACCGGUGCUUCCGAGGAAGUAGCCAAUGCGGUCAAGGUCGCCAUUGCUGAAGGUUAUCGCCACGUGGAUUGCGCGUUCGUUUACGGUAAUGAGAAGGCAGUUGGGGACGCUAUAAAGGCAAAAAUCGAAGACGGAACAAUUACCCGGAACGACAUCUACAUCACCACCAAGAUAUGGAAUACAUAUCACAAUCCUGAACACGUGGAGGAAGCUCUGAGGAAGUCACUCCGUGGUCUCCAGACCGAUUGCGUCGACCUUUAUCUCAUGCACUGGCCGUUUGCAUAUAAGGACGGAGAUAACUUGUUUCCACAAGAUGCCGAAGGGAAUUUCCUCUUCGCUGAUCACGAUUAUGUCGAUACAUGGAAGGCUAUGGAAAAACUAGUUGGAACAGGAUUAACUAAAGCAAUAGGACUUUCCAACUUCAACAAGAAACAGAUAGAAAGAGUGCUAGAGGUCGCUACAGUAAAACCUUCAAAUAUACAGAUUGAAAUACAUCCCUAUUUCUUGAACGAGGAACUGGUUUCUUUCUGUCAAUUAAAUGGGAUGACGGUUACAGCGUACGCUCCACUGGCUAACCCCAGCCGAGUACUGUAUGUGGAGUCGGAACCGAACAUAUUUGAAGAACCAAUUUUAAAAGACAUUUCGGCCGCCAAGGGAAAAUCUAUUGCUCAGGUAGUGCUAAGGUUCCUCCUACAAAGAGGUGUCGUUGUCAUCCCGAAAAGUAUCAAUCAAGCCAGGAUCAAAGAAAAUAAACAGUUAUUCGACUUUGAUCUGACCGAGUCUGAGAUGCAACAAGUGGCAGGGUUAAACCGAAAUUUCCGCCUCUUCAGGGAAGAGAUGGCGAUACGUCACAAACACUACGCUUUCUAA